AUGGCUACACCAACAGUCGAUCUACCGCCGACCUGUGAAGAAGAGGUCUCCGCGCCCAUGCUGGAUCAUGCUCAAGGCUUGGUAUCGGCGAUUGGAGUAGCAGCUGUGGCAGCUGUGGCGGUAGGAGAUGGCCUCACAAGUGGACUCGGAUAUACCAAGUCAAAAGCUUUCCAGGGUCACAUGGGGCAAGAGGAUGGCCAGAUCUAUCAAGUAGAACAUCAGGAUGCACGAGAGGCAAAACAACAAAGGAGCCUAAGAGAAGCGCAGGAGAAGUGGGAUGCUGCAACCAUGGGAGCGGCAACAAGGGUCGAAACAGUUAUAGCGGCGGAAGGAGUAGGAGGAGGCGGAGGAGGAGGAGAGCCAGAAGAUGGAGGAGGGCCUGAAGGGGUGCACCUUCCGCCUAGAAAAGGCGCUGAUGCGGCAGGUCAACAGGUCAGAGCUGCUCUUUCCCGCACCCGCCUUGGCCGUUCGAACCCCUCCAUCUCCAGCUCCGGUUCCAGCUCCAACUCCAACUCCAGUUCAGGCGCAUCUUCAUACAACACCAACGCCACCACCACUUCAGCUGCUGCAGCUUCGCAGAACAACGCCUUGAACUUUACACAAACUGGUCGCAUUACAAAAUCUCGCCAUCGCGCCUCUCUUUCAGCCCCGAUCGCGGCCUCACUAGUGACCGCUGCCAUUACAGAAAGUGCCAGGUUAUCCUACGAGGCAAAGCUCACUGCGGCCCUCGCUGCAAGUAUACCUGGCAAGAUGGUCGGCAGCCAUUCGAGCACGACAACUACGGCUUUGCCCUCACUAAAAGCCAACGGCUUGUCAUCGAUGUCACCAACUCCCAGGACAAACAGCUCAACACCAACUAUAAGCAAUUCUUCCAUUGACAAAGACCAACCUGUAAUUUCCUUCUGGGGUCCUGAACCUAUCGCUCUCCCCUCACGUUUUGCACGCAUCAAGCAGAACCUCAUUCGCGGUCACGAGGCCGAGCUCGAAGCUAGCUGGGCUCGUCUCAUUACUGCGCUGCGCAAAGAGGUUAGUCAUAUAGAAGAUCUUGGCGCCCACCUUAUUCCCUCAAUCGAAUUUGGCGAUCUUGAUGACUCUGUUCAGACUGCCCGUUUCGGGCAUGAUCUGAGGCGCUAUGGUGUUGGAGUCGUCCGCAAGGUUGUUCCCAGAGCAGAUACCGAUACUGCAGUCCGCGAGACGGUCGAUUAUCUUGAUAGCAAACGGCAUGUGAAAGCGAAAGCAUUGCAGCAACAUGACCCUGCAUGCUUCGACUUCUUCUGGACUCCCGCGCAAGUCCGUUCGAGAGCGCACCCUAACGUUCUGAGCGCCCAACGCUUUAUGAUGGGUCUCUGGGAGACCAGCCCUGACGACCAACUUGUCACACGACUUCCUAUUACCUACGUCGAUCGCAUACGUGUGCAUGGGAAUAGCGAGAACCAGUCUAACGGCCUCAAUGUCCCACCUAAUGAGCCGCCGCAAUCCGCCAAUGAUUGGAUACAAGCUUUACAAUCCUCUGCAGGAAUCACCGCCCAGGUCGAUAACGGGUCCCUUGAACGCUGGGAGCCCGAUGGGUACCAGCACGCGGGAACCUAUAACCACAUCUUCCAUGGCAAAUGGGAGGAUUAUGACCCAUGGAAAUGUACCAGCCGAACAUCUGUGACUACUGACCUUUACAAUGGUUACGGUGCUUGUACUAUCUUCCGCAUGUUCCAAGGAAUCUUGGCCCUCUCAACCGUCGAGCCUGGGAUGGUGCGUCUCUUGCCCUCACCCAAGCUUGCGACAGCUUACUACCUGCUUCGUCCAUUCUUCACAACCAAGAACCCACCACCAGAGAAUCGUUCCGGACCUGAAUGGGAGGAAUAUCUUGCUCCCGAGAACUGGAAGUUGCAAACAGAGCCCGAUUCCAUUAUUCAUGGGGCAGUUCCCGGUCACGCACAGAGAAUUACCGAAACUUGGCAUCCUCAUCUGCAUCUAAGAAACAGCAUGAUCACGUUGCCAACUCUGCAGCCCGGCGACUACAUAUUCUGGCAUCCGGAUCUCCCGUACUACCUUUCCAGCAACAACUAUGGUCUCAAAACACCCAGUGGCAGCAAGAGUGAGAGGAAAGCAUUCCAAAGAGGCCACCCCGGACCUGACUUUGACUCCACCGGCAGAGGUAUCGUCGAAGAAGAUGCUGAAACUCGGCCCGGAGAAAAAGAAAUCGCUGAAGUCGGGGGGCCAUCCUCAUUACAGGCCAUGGGACUCGCUCCUUGGGAAGUCGCUGGCACUCGUUCUGGCACACCACCUCCUGAAAAGUCGAAGCCCAAGAGCGAGGUAGAUUCUGAGAUGGAGAUUGAUACCGAUACAAAGAGUUCUACAAGCACACCGCCAAAUUCUCGAGCUGAAGCGGAGGUUGUGCGUUUGGCCAACAUUAUCCUUUUCCCUGAAAGAUCAAUGCUGGGGUAUUCUGUGUGA